AUGCCCAAGUGUGACAACUGUGACAAACUAAUAGCCAAGAAAUCCACUAUUCUCGAGUGCAACACAUGCUCAAAAACUGUGCAUGCUACCCAGGCCUGCACCAGACUAACAUCUAAGCAAUUAGCAGCACUGCGCAACACUGAGAAUCUGGAAUGGACCUGCGAAGUUUGUCGCCGUGAAACUCCAAGGCAAAGGUCAUUUGUCAUACAAGAGGAGGAAGAGGAAGACGACGAAGAACUAUUAUUAACACAGGGAACUGACAGCGGAUCCAACGCGAUGAAAAAGUUACUAAGCGACAUAUCAUUCGAGGUUAAAAAAGCAGUAAAGAAAGAAAUAGGCUCAGUAAAUGAAGCGCUCAGCUCUUGUUGUCAAAAAAUGGAUGGAAUAAUGGACACUUUAGCGACAAUUAGCGGAAAAAAUAAAAGAACUGGAAAACAAGAAUACAUAUUUAACAAACCAAAAUAA